CAUUCCAUGAAUUUUUUUUUAUUGACUAUGCUACAGGGGCUGUAAAGUUGGUGUAGUUCAUAAUAAAGUGUCUGUACCUGUGUGUGACCAUUUUCUCACAAUUCUUCUGUGAUUUUCACCCCAAUAUUUCUUUUUAACAGGGAGCCUGUCUGCUUCAAGGGAGGGGUGGCUGAUGUGUGGGAGGGAGGAAAAUGGAAUUAUGGGAUUUGUAGGCAAAGAAGAAAACUCAAAAAAGGAAAUGCCAGUUCACAAAAAGAUAGCCCAGUGUUAUGGUAAUCUCGCAACAUAGCCCUUUAGCCUAAAGACAAGUGCAGAUCCUUCCUAAGCAUGUCCAUUACUGCCUGCCAGACUGGUCCACCAGGUCCUCCAGGACCUCCUGGUGCACCAGGCCCCUCAGGAAUCCCGGGAUCAGAUGGCAUAGAUGGUGAUAAAGGGCCUCCAGGAAUCGGACCUGCGGGUGCAAAAGGAGAACCAGGCAUCCCUGGGCCAGAUGGACCACCUGGUGAAGCUGGAAUUGAUGGACUUAUUGGUGCUAAAGGAGAUCCUGGACCACCAGGCCGUUUUGGAUCAAAGGGCCAACCUGGACUUCCAGGGCCACCAGGAAAGCCAGGCCCUGGCAUUGCUGGACUUCCUGGCAAUCCAGGACCAGUUGGACUUCCUGGAGAAAUUGGAGCAACAGGACUAAAGGGUAUAAAAGGACCUCUUGGGCCUUCUGGACCACCUGGACCUCCUGGAAAACCAGGUCCAGCAGGGAGCAUCCAAGGCUUGGAAGGCAGUGCUGAUUUCCUGUGCCCAUCAAACUGCCCAGCUGGUCCAAAGGGUCCUCAAGGUCUUCAGGGGGUUAAGGGUCACAAAGGCCGUCCAGGUCCUCUUGGUGAAUCAGGACAACAAGGGAAACCUGGCCCAAAGGGAGAUAUUGGCAUUUCUGGAGAACAAGGAAUCCCGGGACCUACGGGUCCACAGGGUAUCCGUGGUUAUCCAGGAAUGAGUGGACCCAAAGGAGAAAUGGGUCCCACCGGAUAUAAGGGUAUGAUCGGAUCUGUUGGUGCAGCAGGGAAGCCUGGUGAGGAGGGGCCAAAAGGGCCUCCAGGAGAGCCGGGUGAAAAAGGAGACAGGGGUGCACGGGGAGUUAUUGGACAGAUUGGAUCAAUGGGACCAAAGGGCAAUAAUGGCCUACCUGGUAUUGAUGGCAAGGAUGGUACCCCAGGUAUUCCUGGAGUAAAGGGCAGCCCUGGACAAAAUGGCAUCCCUGGUUCUACUGGUCAUCAAGGUCUAUCUGGUUUACCUGGUCAGCCUGGAGCUAAAGGAGGAUUAGGGCAAAAGGGAGAGCCAGGCUCUCGUGGAGAACCAGGAUUCACUGGAGCACCGGGAAAGCAGGGAGAGAGAGGUCCACCUGGAGAAGCUGGUCCCAGAGGCAUUGUUGGUUUAAAAGGAGACCGUGGUGAAAGAGGACCAGUUGGGCCAAUUGGAGUGGAUGGGAAAGUAGGUGCAAAGGGAGAACAGGGACCUCCCGGCAUACCAGGACCACAGGGAAUUCCUGGAGUAAAAGGAGACAAGGGCUUUCCAGGGAAGGUUGGAGGAAAGGGUGAAUUGGGUGAUCCAGGAGUUGAAGGUUUAGGUGGUGAAAAGGGAGAAAAGGGGGAGUCUGGCGAACCAGGUCCAAAGGGUCAGCAAGGUGUACAUGGAGAAACAGGUUAUACAGGCCCCACUGGAGAUCCUGGCCAGCCUGGAAUACAAGGCCUUGCAGGGCUACCAGGACCAAGAGGACUUAAUGGAGAGAGGGGUGUCCCUGGGAUGCCUGGACGCCAAGGAAUUCCUGGAAGAGAUGCAGGAGAUCAGCACAUAGUUGAAGUUGUUCUGAAAAUGUUGCAGGAGCAACUAGCAGCUGUAGCUGUCAGUGCUAAGAGAGCAGCCCUUGGUGGAGGUGGCAUCAUGGGACCACCUGGACCUCCAGGACCACCAGGACCACCUGGAGAACAGGGAAUACACGGACCACAUGGGCCUCGGGGUAUUCCGGGAAUUAUAGGGGUUAUGGGCCAAAUUGGAAAUACAGGACCCAAAGGUAAACGUGGAGAGAAGGGAGAUCGGGGAGAACAGGGCCGUGGACACCAAGGCCUUCCUGGACCUCAUGGAAUUCCAGGUCUCCCUGGUAUUCCUGGCCAGGCCAUUGAUGGAAAAGAUGGGGAAAGAGGCCCAGAGGGUGCUGCAGGACAACCUGGUAGACCAGGCUUCCCUGGACCAGCAGGUUUGCCUGGAUUUUGUGAAGCGGCAGCAUGUUUGGCAGCAUCUGCCUAUGCCCCAGCCUCUCUGACUGAACCUGGCACCAUCAAAGGUUAAUGAUCAUACUGUUCUCUACGAAUAUUCCCCAGGACAUAAGAAAUAAACUGAAAAUUUCAGAGUAACAUCAGUUGGAGCUGAUUUCCUGCUGGAUGGGCCCACACCCCAAAUGAACCAUCCCAAUGGGCCCCUAACACAGAGAAGAGAUUAUUUUGAGCGGCAGAACCAUUAACUUUGGAAGGAACAAGAGUGAAUUUUUAGAAUUCAUUAUAAUUUCUUAAUCAGUGAUUGAGUACUAUCAACCACUUUCCUCCUAAACACUGACCUAGACACUAUCCUUUCUUUUCCACAUUCUUUGGAUACUUGGGGAUGUGACUUCAAUGAUGGCUUUGAAGGAUAUCUAGUCACUGAGUCAUACCUUCCAUCGGACAUCUAAAGCCAUGUAAUUAUGUCUAAUGCAGAAGACCUCAGUGAAGCACCCACGUAUGCGUCCACCGUUCUGUAGGAAGGGGAGAACGGCAAUGCCUUUAUUCUAAUUGUCAGUGUUACAAAUGGUGGGCUUGAAUUUUGUUUUGGAUAAAAAAACAUAAAGGUCAUUGGUUUUUGCUUUAUUUCUGUGGUUUUUCAUUUGGACCUAUGCUAUGUAAAUGAUGUGACACAGACAUACAGAUCACAGGCACCCUUAUUUAUUCAAGGAGUGCACAGAAUUAUAAGUAAAAUAUGGUUUAUUCCAGUAUUACUUACUGCUGUCUUCACAUUCUGGGAUCCUGUUAAGGUAGGAAUGACUUCUGUGGUAAUUGUACAGCAUGUCUAGAAGGUAAAGACCUGUGACCACAUGCUCCGUACAGGACUAAGCCUAUCUUUACUAGUAGGUGCAAGCUAGUAAAUCAACAGUAUUGGAAACAUCUUCCACCCAUUGACAUUUACUUGUUGCACAUUGCAGCAUUACCUCACUAUUGCUUCAAUUAUUCAGUAUAAUAAACAAGUGAUUGAUGAUAUCAAAACUACAAAAUACAUAAUCCACAGUGGAGCAUUUAUGAAAACUGGUGCACAAGAAAAUGGUGCUAUACUCACAGCUAGCCCCAUUCUGUCUCCUUAAAGGGGUAUUCCAGGAAUCAUAAAAAUGCCCUUUUUCUUUCAAAGACAGCGAACUCAUUGUCUCCAGUUUGGUUGUG